GCCUGGCCAGCUGUCUUAGGAUGACACAGAGCAUCCUUAGCUGGGUCUGUACCUUUUGCUUUCGGGGUUAGCCCUGCUGCACCUUCCUGUGGCUGGUGGCGCGGUGCUGUGGCUAAACGACUAGCUUAAAAUGGGUCCUAAUUAGUGCAAAAAGGCUCCCUUUAGACUGUCUCACUCAAGCGUGCAGCGGGUCAUUUUUCUUCAGCAAGCUGCUCACCGCUGCCCGGUACCCACCAUCUCUCCCCAAAACUUGGUGUGAUUAGCAGAUGGUUCGGGUGAUGGGCAGCAGGGAGAGCCUGGGGAGGGUUGCAGCCCAUCCUGGCUGUCUGUCCGUCUGGCUUGCUUUGCUCUUCUUUUCUCUCUCUCUCUUCCUCAGUUCAUUUUUGUCAUAGGUAGCGUUUUUGGACAAUUGCUACAACUCAAGUGUUUCUGAAAGGCCUUCUAUAUACUACAAUGUCUGUGCUCUAUUUUUGAGAUCACAGUCACAUUUUUGCCACUUUCUGUUAGUUUGAAACUGUUUAAAAUGAACUGUAUCGUUUAGAUUAAAAGCUCCACCCCAUAAAGAGGAGGAUUCAAACCAGGCCUUUCAACUGAGCUGUGACCCAUGGCCUUUUAAACAUUUCUUAUUUUGGGGCAGGGUCUCCCCAAGUUCCUACAUUGCCUGGGCUGAACCUGAACGUGUGACACCCCUGCCUCAGCCUCCCAGAGUGCGGGCACUGUAGGCCUCUGCCACCAUCCCUAGCAGGUCUGAAUUGGAGUCUGUUGCUAGAGCCAGGGGUCUGCUACAGAUCCUGCCUGGCCAGUUUUUGACUUAAAAAAAAAAAGUUGUUGUUUUACAUCACAUUUUACUGGCAUAACAAAUAACUUUCUGCAAAAGAUAGCUCUCCAGACCUGAUGGGAAAAUGUCGAGUUUAGAAUCUUUAGGAGAAAUGAAAAUGAGGAAUUGACCUUUUGUGAGCUCACUUCGGAGCCACUCUGAAAUGUGCUCUGGAGCUUUUAAGGGAACCCAGAGAGAGAGCCAUCGACCCCCUGGGCCUGCAAAAGUGACCUUUCCCUUCUCUUGCUCUGAGUUUUGUGUUGGGCAGAAAAUCAAAGUGACAUCCAGGGAGAUCAGUGUAAGAACGCGGGUGAAUUUAACCUCAUUAAAUUACAGUCAACCGCUAAUUAUCUCAGGUCCUCAAAGAUAAGGUGGUUAAUUACCAUUGAAAAAAAUGUUUUGGAAAUUUCUUGUACUUUUUCCACACUGAGGGUGUUCCCGCUCCACAAUAAAAUUGUUUUAUGUUUGCCUGAAUUUGAAAAUUUUUCACCUUAAUUAAGAGCAGGUGGGACUUUUGUAAAAGAAAUGCAAUUUGCUAAAAAUGAAUACUCUUUAAGAGAUGGGAAAUCCAUCACUCUGGUUAUUUAAGCCAGGUGCCUCCAUGUUUACUGCGAAGCAUCCCGUGCUGUCUGGAACUGGGUUGAGCUUGAGAUUUUGUGCCAGAUCAUAGACGUGGGUUUUUGUAGCUGGACGAAUGAAGAGGUUGAGGGGUUUUACUCAUGACCCCCACACCUCCCUCCCACACCCAGGCUUUGCCCAGGGACUCCACAGUGUCUAUCCAGAAAGCCCGAUUGGGCCGGCAUGGCUGCUCUCCUGGGAUCUGGUUCAUGGCCCAGGGGGUGCAGACUUGGGUCCAGGGAAGCCAGCCAGGAGUGCACUGUCCAUCACAGGGUGGGUAAAACUCUGUCUGUUUUCUGUGGUAACAUCCAACUGCAGCUCGAGUGCAGGUGAUCCAGGACAUUGUUCUGCGGCGUUGUGAGGGGCUUGUGGCCAUCACUGUCGUUUAACUGACACACUCACCCUUCCGCUUGGCCCUCUGGGGUGCAUCCUGCUCUGGCUUCGCCCAAAAUGCCUGCUGGAAGCCAGGGUGAGCCAGGUGAAUGCCCACAGGCCUGAAGCUAUGAGGAGACCAAGCAGUGAUUUAAGGAAUCGAAUUUUUUGGAAUCCACAUUCUGCAUACUAUAAUCUGAGGACAAUGGAUGCAGAUGAGAGUCAAGACAUGUCUCAAGUCUCAGGGAAGGACAGCCCUCCGGUCAGCGACACUCCAGAUGAUGGUGAUGAGCCCAUGCCUGUCCCUGAGGACCUUUCCACCAGCUCUGGGGGACAGAACUCCAAGGGCGAGAGAGGAGUGGUUACAUAUGGGGCUGAUGGCUUUAGGGAUUUUCAUGCACUAAUUCCCAAAGCUUUCUCUCCCAGUAAUGUUAAAGUAGAGACUCAGAGUGAUGAAGAGAAUGGGCGUGGCUGUGAAGUGAAUGGGGAAGAAUGUGCGGAGGAUUUACGAAUGCUUGAUGCCUCAGGAGAGAAAAUGAAUGGCUCUCACAGGGACCAAGGCAGCGCUGCUUUGUCGGGACUUGGAGGCAUUCGACUUCCUAACGGGAAACUCAAGUGUGAUAUCUGUGGGAUUAUCUGCAUCGGGCCCAAUGUGCUCAUGGUUCACAAGAGAAGCCACACUGGCGAGCGACCCUUCCAGUGCAAUCAGUGUGGGGCCUCCUUCACCCAGAAAGGGAACCUUCUGCGACAUAUCAAGCUGCACUCCGGGGAGAAGCCCUUCAAGUGCCACCUCUGCAACUACGCCUGCCGCCGGAGGGACGCCCUUACCGGCCACCUGCGGACGCACUCCGUUGGUAAACCUCACAAAUGUGGAUAUUGUGGCCGAAGCUAUAAACAGCGAAGCUCUUUAGAGGAACAUAAAGAGCGCUGCCACAACUACUUGGAAAGCAUGGGCCUUCCAGGCACGCUGUACCCAGUCAUUAAAGAAGAAACUAAUCACAAUGAGAUGGCAGAAGACCUGUGCAAGAUAGGAUCAGAGAGAUCCCUCGUGCUGGACAGAAUAGCAAGUAACGUCGCCAAACGGGACAAGUGCCUGUCCGACCUGCCCUAUGACAGCAGCGGCAGCUACGAGAAGGAGAACGAGAUGAUGACAUCACACGUGAUGGACCAGGCCAUCAACAACGCCAUCAACUACCUGGGGGCCGAAUCCCUGCGGCCCCUGGUGCAGACGCCCCCUGGGGGCUCUGAGGUGGUUCCCGUCAUCAGCUCGCUGUACCCGCUGCACAAGCCCGGGCCUGAGGGCCCCCAGAGGCCACCGCCCUCGGCGCAGGACAGUGCGGUAGAGAACUUGCUACUGCUGUCCAAGGCCAAGUGUACAUCCUCGGAGCGUGAGGCUUCCCCGAGCAACAGCUGCCAAGACUCAACGGACACGGAGAGCAAUACAGAGGAGCAGCGGGGCGGCCUCAUCUACCUGAGCAGCCACCUGGGCCCGCAUGCACGCAAUGGGCUGGUGCUCAAGGAGGAGCAGCGUGCCUUCGAGAAUGCGCAUGACGCCUUCCGCGUGCUCAGCACAAGCGGCGAACAGGUCAAGGCCUACCGUUGUGAACACUGCCGCGUGCUCUUCCUCGACCACGUGAUGUACACCAUCCACAUGGGCUGCCACGGCUUCCGCGACCCCUUCGAGUGCAACAUGUGUGGCUACCACAGCCAGGACAGGUACGAGUUCUCCUCGCACAUCACGCGCGGCGAGCAUCGCUUCCCCAUGAGCUAAGCUCCCGCUUACUGCCCCAUCUCCCUCCUGCUCACUCGUGCCCACCCAGACCCCUGGGCGUGCGUUUGUACAUGGCUUCUGUCUUCUUUGAACUUGGUUGGUUGGGGUUAGUUGAUUUGCUUGGAAAUGCAAGGGUUUCCUUGUCGAUAGACGCAGAGUUGUAUUGGAUGCACCCGAGCUUCUGUCUCGCUGGAAGUUUCUGUAGACUCCUAGCUGAAGUUCCCUCACCCAUGACUCCCUAGCUUCCCCUUCUCCAAAGUGAGCCUGAAUUUCCUGAGAGAUUUAAGUAAAGCAAGACAGAGGCUGGAUAGGAGUGAGAUGGUCCAGGCGUCCUCCACAGCCCUGGAGCAGCCGGUGCAGCCCAGCCGAAGAGCCACAAACCGGGUCAGCCGCUGCAUGGGGAGAGAGCCAGCAGCCUAUGCCCAGGCCAUGGCCCUGGCCCUGGCCACCUGCAUCUGGAGCAGAAGGCUGCCCUUUGGAAGAGAUCAUACAAAGCAACCCCUGUGUAGAAAAACUGGGACAAGCACUGUUGGGCCACCCGGGCAAGGAGGGGAAGUGACCAAGCCUCAUAGACCCAGCUUCCGGUUUCUGAAUGUCCCAGGGCUGCCUGGGUGCCAUGAGGCUUCCUGAGGCUGUUGCAAGGUAGACGGGCCCAGCAGUCCUGGGGACAGUGCAGGGAGCCCUGUUUCUGCUUCCUUGUUCUGUGUCAUGAAGGCCCCAAAGUGUGUCACUACACUCUGACCACCAGCCAUGGAACUGGAGCCUUCGUUCUCCCUGAACCUCCCAAGCAGUCUGCUUCCUCCUAAACCAAAGCUUCCCUCCAAUGCCACUCUCCUUUCCUGUGUCUCUGCUCCUCCUGCGGCUGAUUCUGCCCAAGACCAGCACCUGGCAUCCUCUCGCCUGCUGGGACCUUGUAGCCUGGGCUGGGAUGUCUGAGUGCUGCUCCCCUCACCACCACCCUACCCCAUCCACUCUCCUGCACCCUGGUGCGGUUUGGGAGUAGGUGGAGGCUGAGUUCCAGUGACCGCUCAUUUUUAGAUCAAGAGAGAUGCAGAGCCCAGCACUGUGGCUGCUGACACAGAGAACUCCCCUGUUUGAAGCUAAAUUGUGAAGUAUUCAUAGACUCUCCUCCAUAAAGACACAGCAGUGUAGGGCCACACAGAAGCAGGAAGUGUGGAGCUGCAGCCUUUCUCCCCAGGGGCUAUCACGUGACUUGUCCCUGCCCCAGGCAGGAAAGCCCACCUACCUGGUCACACAAGACAGGGCUAUUAGCGCUGGACCCAGCUGUGAUGAAAAGGUUGCUGUGUCUCCUGCCACAAGAUUGAUCCUCUCUCUAAGGUCAUUACUUUCUAUCAUCUUGGCAAAAAAAGAGCCUACCCUUCUAAAUGUUUGCAGUUCUUGUCCAGAGCGAACCCAGGGUACAGGAAGGGAAUGGUGGGCGAGCACCUCCGCAUCCAGUGUUAACCAGCGUUCUUUUGUCAGGCAUGAUGGCUGGGUGGCUCCUUCCGUUGGGGGGGGGGGGUCUCUCCUGGGUAGUGUAGAGCACUCAGCACCCUUGGUCACUGCCCAGAGCACCCCCAAGAAUGUCUUACCAGGGGCAAACUCUUCAGUGAGCUCAGGGAAUUCUAAGGCCACUAGAGGGCUGGAAAGCUCCCCAGAGACAGAAAGCACUGGAAGACUUUCCCCGUUAGCAAGCUCCGGCCAGACCUGUGCCCUUGGUCAGUGUCACAGCGCCUGCAGGUGAGGUUCUUGGCCCCAGUGCUCAUAGAUACACUUCUCCACUGGCACUUGAUUUGUGCUAAAGGACAGAAGUCAUAAGGAUGUCACUUUCUUUGCUUCCAGAAGAGUGGUAUUUUGAGGCUGGAAAUAAAAUUGUAGUUGUAAUAGUGUAAUCUCUACCACACCAAUAUUUGAGUGAAGAAAGAGAUAAAGAACCAAGGCUGAGGAUAGCUUUGGUUCAGCAUCUACUCACGGAGACAGGGUGGGCCCCAACUCCUCCAACUCCACAUCCCGAGGUGAGGCCUCCCCGCUUCAGCCCUGCAGUCUCAGUUUCCCUGAGCUCUGUCCUGCAUCCUGAGUCAUUCGGUCGAGGGCAUUCUUUUUCCAGUGGCGUCCACCAAAGUGUCACUACCCAGAGCUGAAAAUGUAUCGGCAGGAGCUCUUGCUGGAAUGCUUUGUCCAUUCCUCUGAUGUCUUUUUCUCUCUUUUUUUCUCUAUCUUUGUCUCUCUGUCUUUCUGUGUUUGCCUCUCCCCAACCCGUCUAUCUCUUCUUCUUUGUCCUUUUCAUGUACUGGUUUUAGACCCAAAGCCUUUACAGUGAAUUACACCCUCAGUCUCUUAACUUUUUUUUAACUUCUGAGACAGGGUCUCAUUGAGUUGCCUAGACUGGGGCCAAACUUGCCAUCCUCCUGCCUCAGCCUUCCAAACUGCUGAGAUAACAAAACCACCAAGCCCAGUUCACUGUCUUUUAUAGCCAAUAUAAAUGUCUAUUUGCACACCUUUUGUUGUGGUUUUAUAUUGUAACAGCAUUUUGGAGGGGGGGAAACUGUUGUAUUUAAAGUAAGGUUUCAUAUUAUGUCAACAGUAAUUAAAUUAUGUUUGAAAAGUGCCCAUAUUCUGUACCAAAAGUCACCGGUUUUUCUUCUAGUUGGUAAAAGUAGGAUUUUGCAUGA